AUGGAGCUCAAAAACAUUGCCAUACUCGGACCUGGAGGAAACGUUGGAAACGCUAUUAUUAGAGAGCUACUACAAGACGGCUCAAGAUUCCAGACCACCGCAAUCACACGCCCGGAUUCAACAUACGCCCCGCCCGAGGCAUCCAGCAUCACACACAAAACCGCGGAUUAUAAGACUUUGUCCUCUCUCUCAGAAGCAUUCGCUGGCCAGGAUGCAAUUGUGAACUGCAUCACCGGCGGCGCCACCCAAUAUGAUCCCUCGAAGCUGAUCAUCGACGCCGCCGUCGCCGCAGGCGUGAAAUUCUUCUUUGCAAACGAAUUCGUCGGAUACAUCGACAGUCCGCAGUUCCGCCGUCUACCAGAAGUACUCGCCGGCGCCAAGUUCAGGAUCAGAGAGUAUCUGCGAAAGCUCGCCGUGAGCGGCGACAUUGCCUGGACGAGCUUGAACGGUGCGGGGUUUGACGUUGCAAAUCGCAAGGCAAGAGUUUAUGGGACAGGGCAGAAUCCGCUAUUCUGGACUCCAUUGUCGGGCAUUGGACGCGCUGCCGCGAACAUGCUGAGGAGUCCAGACACUGUACAGAAUCGACCGAUCUACAUAUGCCCGUUCGUCAAGGGAGAGCUUACGCAGCGAUCGCUCCUGGCAACGCUUCAAGAGGUUUUUGACACCGAGUUCGAGGUUGAGGAAGUUGAUCUCGUGAAGAUCAACAAGAACUCCAGGAUCGCUUUGGAGAGAGGGGAAGGGGCCAAGGCUAUGAAGGGCCUUACUGUCAGCAACCAGUUUUACGAGGAGGACUGUGGAAACGAUUUCAGCCAUCUGAUCGAAAACGAUCUCAUAGGUGUGAAGACGAUGAGUGUGAGAGAAGCGGUGCGAGGCGCGAUUGCGAGGUGGGGUCAAGACUGUACUAUUGUGGAGGGUUUGUUCAGGGUCGAGGCUUGCGAGGUUUAG